ACUCCCGCUAUCGAUCAGUCCCGUGUUAGUCCACCGUGACAUGGAGGAUCUUCUGCUGCAGAUCGUCCGGGAGUCGAGCAAUGCGAAGUUACAAAAUCUACGGAAAUCAGCGCAGGAAGCGUACGACUUCCUGGACAAGCAGCAAGGACUGUUACGCGAUCCACCCCACGAGCUGCGGGCAAAAUGUCUUCACACCUUUCAGCUAGCACUAGAGACGAGGAGGAGCAAAUUCGUCGCAUUCGGUCUGUCAGGAUUGCACAGAAUGUUGAGGGACGACAGGUUUCAAUCGCCCUACGAGCCAGAGGACGAUUCGCUCUGGUUACCGGCGCAAAUGUUGCACGCCAUGGGAUCCAUACUCUCUCAAUCGGACGACACACAGACGGAUAUGUUGAAAGUUCUGCUACAAGUCGCCUGUUCUUCGUACUGGACGAUGAACGGCCGAUUGAUAAUUGCCAUACUCACUACCUGCUGCGAGGCUUUCGAAAACGGAAAUCAAGCGGUGAGAACCGCCGCCCAGGCUGCGACAAGUCAGACGCUGCGAUCCUUCUGUCUUUUCUUAGGUUUCAACGGUUUUCGUUAUUCAGGGCUCCAGAAUCGUUGCGGUUCCAUCUUCGCUCUCCUUGCUAAAGCCGCCUGCACGGAACAGUCUAUAUCGAGAAUCACUCGAACGAAAGACGUAUUGCGGUUGAAGUUGCAAAACAGAGCGACCAAUAUUCACACUUCGCACGCGCUGAGCAUGGACGUGCUUCUGGGCAAAGGUUUGGAACUCGGAAGUCACGGUAGCGACUGCUGGCCUCACGUUUUCACGUGCUGCUUGUACGUGAGCAAGCUGGAGCACGACUUCUUCGGGAGAAACCAGAACCCGUCGCUGCCUAAAACCCAGCAAAAGAAAGAGAAAAAGGAUGCCUCGAACGGAGAUCCCAAAGGAAAUCAGGACAAACUGAGGCUCAAUUUCAACAUCACCGACGAAGAGGAAACAUGCGUCGACGUCUACAGCUUCCUCUCGAGUCCCUACACGCAGAACCCAAGUUCGGAUACCAUCCCGGAGAUAAUCCAAGAAUCGAACGCAGACAGCCAGUUCAACGGCAUUCUUCCCGCGGACUACGCGGCCAAAAUUGUCUGCGUUUUGUCGCAACAAGUCGACAGAUUAUUCGAGAACGCCGCGUUGAAGCUGAACCUUCGAGCUCUGUGCUUGUUCCUGGCGGCUCUUUGCAAGGCGAGCAAAGCUCAGCUGUUCAAGACAACGGACGGUUCGAAGGAGAACAAACGAUUUUGGUGGAGGAAGAGCAAACCCAGGGAAAACGAGAUGAACGUGCUGCUCUUGGCUCGGUUAGGAGAGGUCAUGCUGAAGUGCGUGAAAAGUGGAAGGCCUCUUAUUCAUAUUAUGAGGGUUUGGAGUAUUCUGGGCCCUCAUUUCAUGGAAGCAGCUUGUCACAAAGACCGCGGUAUUUCGAAAAAAGCGGUUCAAUGCAUCCACGACUCGAUGGCAGCUUUGCUGAACGAGCAAGUAGAGUUGGCUCACUUCCAUUUCAACGAAGCUCUCUUCAAGCCUUUCGAGAACCUGUUGUGCCUAGAACUCUGCGACGGCGAUGUGCAGGACCAAAUCGUGAGCUGCAUCUGCGAGUUCGUCGAAACCAACCGAACAGAGAUUCGUUCAGGCUGGCGACCUCUGUUCGGGGCGCUGCGUGUAGCCUCCGUCGGUAAUUCAGAUUCCGUCGAAUCAGCGCCUCUGCUGGAGGUCUUCAGGGUCUUCCUAUCGACGGACAAUACGUUGGUGUUCGCCAACGCGGCGCUAGAUUGCAUCCUGUGCCUCCUGAGGCACGUGCGCGGUAUCGGCGACGCGGAGGGGCAUCAGGACGAACAGGACCAGGUCGUCGAUAUCGCAGAGUCCCGACGAAUGAGACUCUGCGUAGAGAGUCUCAAGUAUCUGCUGAGCUGCAGCGACAUCCUGGCCUCUAUGUACGGGAUGCCAGCGUGCCCCAUCUUCCAUUCCGCCCAGAGGAUCCAGGUUUCGACCAUUCCCCAAUACGUCGAUCCAACGAUACCGAACUCGGAGCUGAUCAGAUUCGAUAAGCACACCGAAUCGAUACAAGAGACCAUUCCCGAGCGACCGCACGACGUACUCGUGGAGAACGUUCGCACGGCCACCACUCUGCAGAGCAUGGACAAGCCCAGUGGCAUUCUGAGGGUGUGGUACAUCUUGAUCGACGGCCUGGCUAGCGCUACCAUGAUAUGUCCCAAACGUUACCAGCCUCACACUCUGGAAACAUUAUUCCAUCUUCUACGAGAUACCUUGAACGUUCCUGGACCAGCGUUCGGACUCUAUUGCGUCAAUCAUUUGUUGCUACCGAUGGUCCAAAAUUGGCUGAGGAAGACCUCGAAGAUCUUCAGGGGUUGGGACAACUUUGCGCCCAACUUUAAGCAGUGUUGCGGUCUCACGACGGAUCUGGUUGUCGAUUACUUGACUCAUUUGCAAGGGCCCGAGGUUGUCCGGAACGAGGCGUAUCUACCGGCCACGACGCUGAUGUUGAAACAACUUUUGCUGGUGAUGGCGGAAUGCGUCGUUCAGCCCACGGAGAGCAUAGCUCGUUUGGGUUGCGCUUGUAUCAGGCACGUACUCGUGAGCAGCGGUCCGCUUCUCACCCCAGAACAAUGGGAGGUUUGCGGCGUUGCCUGUUACCGUGCCUGCUCGAAUUCGUUGCAAGAGUUGCACCAGCUGACCAUGGCUUUCUCACCGAGAUCGGAAUCCUUUUACGGUGACGUUGCACAGGUCAAGGUUGCCGCCCGACGGGAUGCGACACUCGAGGAAUCGGAACGUCUACGACAGCUCGCCGCUCAGGUGAGCCAGCUGCGCGAGGUAUUGUCUGCCAUCAAGAGGCAGAAUGCGGCGUCACUGCCGACGACACCUUUCCAGGAUUCGAUGACCAUUGAGACGACACUGCUCGACCAGCACACUACCUCCUACUCCGUCGGUUGUAGGCAGCACACGACACCCCCCGAUUACACUAACACUACGUCGAACACGGGCCCCCAUUGCGUGCCUCGUGAAUUGUGCGCUUUGCGUGUGUUCGAGCUUGCAUCUGUUUGGCUGAUCGAUGGCAUACGGUGGCGUAGAAUCCAAGUGUUCCUCCUCGAGGAACAACGCACCGAGGACACCUCGAGAACCUCCGACGACAGGUCGUACGUCUUCCUCUUGUAUCCACCUUCGGUGGGCUCCACUCUCAAUCCUGACCUCUACAUCGUUAGAGUUCAGCUCAGAGCACUGGUGGUCGGUCUAUUGGUUCACCAGAUGCUCAUCCAUUGCAUCGCCAGUGUUCUAUUGCAAGGUGCCGACUCAUCUUUUCCCAGUUUAUCCCACGUGAUACCGCAUUCAGCGUCUUCGGCGUCGCCAAAACCUUUCGUACACGGGUGUCUCUCGUACCUAUCCAGCCGCCACGUGGACAUCUUCUUCUCGGCCCUGGAUCUCUCCUACGCUGCUGCCUUAAAGUUCGACUGUCGUCCCGGCCUGAAAUUCUUAGUACAAAAGGUGGCCAACCUCCGACAACCCGCGAACCUCUAUCAACAGGCCGGAGCUGCUUGGACUGUCAAGAUAGUCACGCUGUUCGAGCUGUGCCUGCGCGAAAUGGAAGGCACCACCGAAGUGACCCUGGAAACUGUGAAAUCGAUGCUGACCUCGAGCCCAGACGAUACAAACCCUUCGAAAAGCUCUAGUCUCCGAAAGCUGUCGAAAUACUUGAAACAGCUGCGCAACACGUUCGAAGAACUCUGCGAGAGCUACGCGGAGGUGGUUUUAGACGAGGACGGGAAGCACACCAGAGUGGACAAUUUCUCGGAGAGGAAGAUAUUCCUGUUGGUAGCGCAGCCCGAUGACUAUCCGGAGAUCACCAGGAAGGAGCCGAUCGUUAACGACAGAGUCACGCCGGCGCUGACCGAGCCGACCACGGAGGAGUCGGGAUACCAAAUGGACCAGGAGGAACAGGAAGAACCUGAGGACAUCGAAGACUACAGUCCCAACUUGGACGACGAGAGCGGAUUGGAGGAGCUUGGAGCAGAGUCCGACGACGAUGACAGACCCUUCAGACUUUCCGAUCUAGCGGUGGAGUAUUCGACUGAUUCCGGUCCGCAGUCCGAACCGGAAACCGAUGACUCGAGGCCCGUUUCGAGGUUAGGCUCCUUUACGGAGAAAGUCGUUUAUCCCGAUCGAUCCGGUGGCACCUCCAGCGAGGGUUACAUCGACGGAAAGUACAGCUCGACGACACCAGCUCCGCCGUUGCUGAUAAACGAACAGGACAACCUGUACUACGAGCUCAGCCCGCUGAAGAGGACCGAGUCCGCGGACUGUUUCCCGUUGUCCAUGCUGGAAGCAAAGACGGCGAACGCCAGCCUGACCUUUGACGAGAUAGCUACGUAUCAAAAGUCGAGACCCGAGAGGAGAAAAAGCGAAGCCUGUUUGCUCUCCCGCAGGAAUUCUCUGAAAUUCGUCGUGGCGAGCGAAGCGGAGAACGUUGAGAGAUUCGUGGGUCUUGAUUCGGCGGUAUCGAGGUGCAGAUCGGUGAUGGAGUUGAGAAGAACGCAAGGAUCGACCGUGUCCAGCUCUUCGAACGAUAUCGAGAUGUCCCCGCGAGUGUCUGCGAAGAUCGAGGAGAAAGAGGAGACAGGCUCGCCGCAGUUCUUGGAUAACAUCGACGAACUGUUGCGCGACUACGAGCGCAGCAAAAGAGGCUUCAGAACAAAUCCGUUUUUGAAGGACGACGGUGACGAAACGAGCGUUGACAGUUAUGAAAUCCCGACGCAAACGAGGGAAACUUUGUUCCAGCGAAAGAGUAACAUUCAUAAAGACAGCGAGGCGCACAGGAAGGCUUGGGCCGAGACUCUCGGCACCAUAUUGGAUUGGACUCUAGCUUUGUCGGAUGAUCAACUGACUCCGUUGCUUCCGGUUUUCGUGAGCGGCGUGCGAAUCCUUACCAGACACGCGAUGGAUCAAGUCCUCAAGCAGCGAUUGUCGGCUCUUUUUCAUCGAAUUGCGGUGUUGUACGGUUUAACGAGCAAUUAGGGGCAGCUUCGAUACAUCUGGGAACAGAUGUAUUUUCACGAUUCGAUCUGAAAUCGUUUCGGUGCCCGAACACACGGACGAUACCAAGAUGUCGGACAUCGGUCGAGCGGCGUCUAUGCAACCCCGCGAGCAUCAUCGAAUAUUUAUAAGACUUUCUUACUCUAAGAAUCAAUCGAUCUCGGUUGACAUAUACGGAAACAACUUUCAAUCUUCCAUAUCACACGGAGAAGAAACACCGUUGGAUCGACGAUCCGAGUCAAUUGUCGAAUAAGUAACAUCCGAAGAUCGUAUCGCUGUGUAUAAAUCGAUCGACGAAUUUUCUCUCGUAUUUCAGCAAAAGAUAUCCCAUUCGAUUCUUUUCGAAGAGAACGGUUAUCGAAAUCACAGUUACUUUAAAAACUGUACAUCUCGCUGGGAUUUUCAAGCUUUAAGAGAGAGACACACCAAAGGAGUUUUCAUGGUUGACACUAUCGAGGACCAUUUUUCGUGUCAUCGCCGCUAACGAUGUCGAACAUCGAUUCCACGAAGGACCUAAACCAGAUCUAACCUGGACUAUGUUAGCCCGGAUCGAAGAGGUCGAGAACGUCGUUCUCUCGCUUCGAAUGGAAAUACUUAUUGUUAAUCAUGACCGAUUCUUUUUCACGAGAAACGACAAACUACUUCUAUCCGAAUCUUUCCUCGUUGGAGAGAAUACAACUAAAGGGUGUCCUAAAAUUAACGCAAGAUUUUAAUUUGUCGGCAUGUUCGCAGUAAAUUGUUGGCAAGCCUGAAGAAAGAAUAAUUUGAGAACUGAGAGUUUAGGGUUAGUAUAAAUGGAGCGUUAUACGAUAUGACAACGUGUUUUCAUUAUUGACCGAUAUUUUAAUAAAAUGAUUGUCGGCGAGGUAAAGGUGAUCUUAUUCUAAAAUCUAGAUAGCUUAGAAUUCAUGGCAAUAGAAUACUAAGAAACAUCUCUGUAUUUCUGCCAGAGUUUCUGGCAGAUACCAGAAAAAAAGGCCUCGAGUGCAAAAGGUUAAAAAACAAAAAACAAUGAAGCACAUUUUUACCUUGAUGGCUUUGUUAAUCGUCAAAAUUGCCGUGUUUGGGGUUUGGAGAACUCACAUGUAAUUGUCGAACAACAAUUGCACCCACAACGAGUCACCGUUUUGUGCGGAUUUUGGGCUGGAGGCAUCAUUCGACCAUUGCUUGUUUUUGGACGACUGGUGUGUUUAGCGUCUCCAACUGAUCUAGUCUCCCUGAAUUUCUCAAGUAAUCUUUUCGAUGCUCUGCGCGAGUAUACUCGUCAAAUUAUUUUGUUCUUGUCGUGCUUAAGACGAGUUAAAUCGCAUGAGCUUAUUAUUAAGGAGUUAAUGAGUCAAUGAGUCAAUUAAUUAAUGAGUUAAUGAGUUAAUGAGUUAACUCAUCUUGAACUCUUUCCUAUUUAAAAAGUUCAUGCGAUGUAACUCGUCUUGAACACGACAAGAACAAAAUAAUUUGUGUAUACUCUCGUAGAGCACCGAAAGGGUUAAUCUUUUCACAGCUAACGAGGUAAAAACACUAUUUUUACCAUAUUUUGUAUAAAAUUUUCGAACUGCGGCCGUCAAACUUUCAUCAUUCUUGAAAUAUUGUUCAAUAAUGAAAACACGUUCGGCUGUCAAAUUGUUCUUUCUUCAGUGUUUGCCCAACAAUUUACUGCAAAAAUUGCGGCAAAUUCAAAUCUUGCGUUAAUUUUGGGACACCCUUUAUUAUAAAAAAGCUUCCAUGGCAACGAAGAUAUCUUAAACCACCUCGGACGAUAUUCCUAGCACAGUAGACUUUUGAUUCCAAGGUUCGCGAAGAUGUCAAACCCGGAUUCAUCCCAGGCUAUGCUGUCGUUAACGAGUAAAACUUAAAAGCUCAUCCAAUUUAACUCAAUUAAACGCAAUUAACUGUAAAAAGACCAUUCCAGAGUUAACCCUUUGCACUCGAGAGGUAGCUCUCAGUCACCACUAGGUUUCCUUUAGGUUUAAUAUCUCUGGAACUCGAAGUGAUCGAUAAAAUGAUCGUCGUUGAGCCAAAGGUGACCUGAUUCUCAAAUCUCAAAUUAGAGAUCUCAUUUUCGAAGUAAAUAUAAUCUUAACAUUCGUGGCAAUAGAAUGCUAAGAAAGCAUCUCGAGUUGCUGCUAAAUACCAGAAAAAAAGACCUCGAAUACAAAGGGUUAAUUUAGCUAGUGUUACCGUGCAUCGAGAGAUCGACGAACGAUAAACGAUUUCGAAAAACCCGCUUGCGUCGAGAAACGCAUUCUUAACCGAAUUUUCAUCCCUAAGAGAAAAGGGAACGGUAAAAGCUUCCACGCUUGUGAAGACCAAAAACCGUUUCGAGUGUCGCCGUUGCUAACCAAGCUGAUUCCAAGUUUCGCGAAGACGUCGAAGCCUCCCGAAUUCGUCCUAAACAACGGAAACGCGACGCACUCGAUACCUCAUCCUCGAUUUUCCACGAGCGAAAGAAACGUUGUCCCGUUUCCAUCUUGUCUCUAGUUCACCGCGCGCGCCUAGACGCGUCGACACGGAGAGACAAGAAUUUUAUUUACGACCCACUCUGCACGCACAUCUCUCGAUUCUCAUUUUAUGCUCUUUGCGCUUAACUGUAGUUUGCGGUUCAGUCGCGGGGUCGGAUGUACCUACCAGAGUCUCGCUUCCAACGUCGAAAUGCGCGCGGCGCACCUCGACGUUCUAGUACGUGCGAUGGUAAGAACGGUUCGCUCCCGUCGAUUGUUUCAAAUUUUUUAAAACAACGUACGAUACUUUUCCAGACCGAGGCUCCGACAUUGACUCUCGGAUAUGAUUUCAAUUAUCUUUUGGAAGUGUAAGGACGAUACGAUUCCGGAUGAGUUUGAUCUUUGACUCUGAAGUAGUAUACAGGGUGGUUCUUAAGCUUCAAAGGACAAAUUAGGAGUAUGAGAGUAGGAUAGAAAAGCGAUUUGAAAGAACCGAUAGAGUUGCCAACUACAUCCAGCAUAAAUGAAGAGCGUAAUAUGUAUUCACCCUUCGUCGUGCGUAUCUGUCGUACUAUUGCGUUCGAUAUCUGGUAUGGACCAAUUGUGAUAAAAAUUUGUGAUUUUUAUUCGUUAGAAACAAAAGAUGAAAUAAGUUAUUAAGAACGAUAGGUUCGUGUCAAGUAAUUUGGUAACUACAGUCAGUGUAAUAAGUAUUCGUACAGGAACAAUUUAUUUUAAAUUGGUUGCUGUACGAAUACUUAUUACACUGGCUGUAUUUUGAAGUUAAUGUAUCCGGUUUAAGAAUCAGGAGAAAAUAGAAAGUUACACUGGUAACCUUUAUUAAAAAAUAAACAGAAAAGAAUUUCUACCUAAGCGGACAUAAUUAGUUUUUCCCCCUUAAAAUUACAAAAUGAGGAAAAUUUUGAUUGUAUGUUACAUAACUCAUGGGGCCAUUAAUAAUGGUUUAAAAAUUCGGCAAAAAUAUGUGCAGUCGAUGUAAGAAGUAUUUGUACAGGAACCAAUUUAUUUUAAAUUUAUUUUAAAUUGGUUCCUGUACGAAUACUUAUUACACUGACUAAACAACUAUUUUUAAACAUGUUAAUACUAUCGCAGCUUCUAAGGCAACAAAUUUACUUACUAAUAACAAAUUUUCUUUGAUACUUGUAGGUUGUCCAGAAAGUUCGUGCUAAUUUUUAAAAAAAAAUUUGAAGGCGCAUUUGAAUUUUGAUACAUAUUUAGCGACUUAUAUAGAUAGCAUUUUGUUCCACAACCUUUCCACCUUCUAAGGGACGUAUUCGUGUUAUUUGUUUUCAAUUAUUCCGAUAUAUCCAGACCUGGACUACCUAACAAAAAUCGGCAUGGACUUUCCAGACAACCUAUUGUAUUAAUUCACCGUAAAUUAGUCGUAAAUGGUUCGAUACCGUUAAUUUAUUCGAAAGAAAUCACACUUGUUGAUAAUAACACGGACAGAGCUGAGAAAGAAGUUACUUGUUCCAAAAGAGGAUGAUGUUGGCAAUCCUAUUUACUGGUAUAGACAAGCUUCGUUACGACAAUUUGGAGAUAGAGCUUUAGAGAUUACUUUAACCCUUUGCACUCGAGAGGUGACUGUCAAUCACCAUUAGGUUUCACGCAGCAAAUCUACGAUACCUAAUGUUUCUUUAGGUUUAAUCUCUCUCGAGCUCGAAAUGUCGAUAAAAUGAUGGUCGGUGAGGUAAACCGUACGAUAAAUAAUCGUAUAAAUAAAGGUGACCUUAUUCUCAAAUCUAGAUAGCUUAGAAUUCAUGGCAAUAGAAUGCUAAGAUACAUCUCGAGUUGCUAGUAGACCCCAGAAAAGAAGGCCUCGAGUGCAAAGGGUUAACAUCGUAUCACCGCAACUACGUUCCUUUUCGAUGUUCAUUGAAAACACUUACGCGUAUUUAACGAUCACUCUGUAAAUUAAUUUCUUCUUAAUCGUCGGAACUGUAUUUCCUGUCUUCUUCCCUUAGUUGACAAGAAGAAUCAGUUUAAACGGGCAUCCGAAAAUUAGUCUGUUAACGAGGAAAGCAGAAGAAUGGGAGAAACAAUGAUCAGACUUGAGACUCAAAAGUUGUUUUUGAAUUUGGAAGUUAGCGAAACGUUUAGAGCAAAAAGUUAUUACAUUUGUAUCCUUUGUCGGAACCGGGGGAUUUCGAGAGAUCAAAAAGGUUUGCCAAAGAUGUUCUCGGAUUCGAAGAAAGAACGUAACGAUGUCAUAUUUUAUUGUAAAUAGUACUCUUGCAAAGAUCCGUCGCGACGAUCAACGAGAGAGACUAGAUGUUUUAUCGUUAAUUUCCACGUUCUGGUCUUUAGAUACUAGUCGACGAUUCUCAGUUUAUUUAUCGCUUCGAUAUAAUAUAUUGCGCAUAUAUUUUGUAUAUCGUUUGUAAGUUAGCGAGAGUGAGAGAUAUAUAUAUAAUUACCCGCUGUUGUAUAAAUCAAGUAUCGCCAUGCGAAUCCAUCUCCAUUCUGUCCUGAAUUCCAUCGGUGUUGUAAGUUGUAAAUUGUAAGUAUCGUUUAACGGUCGGAUCGUUUAAUAGAAGCGCGGAGGGAUUAAUAAUUGAUAAUAAAACGUGCCUACGUAGACCCUGUUUCGUUUGUUCGUAUAAUUCUGUUGUAAUUCAAGAUUUUAAAGCUGGUCGUUCCGCCUAAGCGUAUAAGAACGAAUACGGUACGUACGAAUAAUACGUACAUUUAUUACGCGCUGUUGCGGCAGUAUUUGAAAUUGUUAAUGCGAUAGCCGAACGAGAAGCACGAUUAACAAUUACCAAACGAAACUGUAUGGACAAGGAAUGUACGAACGUUGAAUAAUCGAUUACUGCGAAUUAAUAAAAUUGUACGAUCGAAUUUACGGUGUCGAUGUCGUUGAGAAAUUGGACGCAGCGGACGAGUUUCAUCGUACGAAAUUUUUACCGAAUUUUCUGUGAACGCUGCAUGCAAUUUCCCUUCGAUUGUUUCGCUUCUCUUCCUGCAUUCUUUACCGAGAGAUUGGUUCUCGUUUCCAUCGUAUUAUUUAUUUUAACCGCGAAUAUGACCAAACCUUUUAAUUUUCAAGAAAAUAUUAAAUUAUAUAUAUCACGUCACUUUUUUAUUUCCUUCAUCAAAUUUUAUUUCUGAUCUUCGUUGGCAGACAGAGUUUCGCCUUCCUCUUCGUUAUUUCGUCUUAUUGGAACGUAACAAAAUCUUAAUUUCACAACGACUUCAAAAAACAUCUUAUGAAAAAAGUGAUUGGUGAAUGGAACUCCUAUUGGAAAGCUCAUGCCUCCUCAAAAAUUCUCUCUGUUCGAAGUGACGUGUACGAAACCUCCUCUGCAAUGGAACUUAACAGGCGCAACCAAACAAUAUUAACCCGUUUAAGAAUUGGACACACAAGAUUGACCCACGGCCAUCCGAUGACAAGAGAUCCUCCAAAGAAAUGCAACCUCUGUGACACAAACUUAUCAGUUCAACAUAUGAUGGAAGUCUGUCCAAAGUUUAAUAUUCCAAGGGAUAAACACAACAUACCACGUGAUAUUAAAAAAGCUCUCAAUGAUAAAGAACAUUUAACGGAUUCAAUUUCGUUUAUCAACGAUUUACACCUCAGCAAUCUUAUUUAAAGACCAAAUCACUCAGUAGUCGCUAAUGAUCUGUGGAGUUGAUGCGACUAAAAAAAAUAAA